AUUUCAACCCGUUAUUCCUAUUGUCGAGAGAAAUACGUUCCGCUGUAUUACCCUCUAUCGGUAAGAAAUGGAAUCAAGCCUCUGAAUGAGUAGCGAAUGUAGCGAUCAGUUCGAAAAACGGCGAAGUCAUUUCGUGGACGAAGUAAGUGAAGUGCAUUUUUGUAAAGUUUGAAAUAAUGACAGCAAGGUACGAUAGAGCUAUCACGGUAUUUUCACCAGAUGGGCAUUUGCUACAAGUGGAAUAUGCACAAGAAGCCGUGAGAAAAGGUUCUUCUGCGGUUGGCGUUCGUGGUAACGACGUAGUCGUUUUAGGUGUUGAAAAGAAGUCCAUUGCAAAACUUCAAGAAGAACGGACAGUUCGUAAGAUAUGUCUCUUAGAUGAACAUGUUGUAAUGGCAUUUGCAGGCUUGACAGCAGAUGCAAGAGUACUAAUUAAUCGAGCACAAGUUGAGUGUCAGAGUCACAGAUUAACUGUAGAAGAUCCAGUUACAUUGGAAUAUAUAACUAGGUACAUUGCAGGUUUGAAACAGAAAUAUACACAAAGUAAUGGUAGAAGACCAUUUGGAAUAUCAUGUCUGUUAGCUGGUUUUGAUUAUGAUGGCGUUCCACACCUGUAUCAAACAGAACCCUCAGGCAUUUAUUAUGAGUGGAAGGCAAACGCGACAGGUCGAAAUGCUAAAACAGUUCAUGAAUUUUUACAAAAAUAUUAUACACCAGAAGAAGUAGCGACAGAAAAAGGAACGAUAAAAUUGGCUAUUAGAGCUUUACUAGAAGUUGUACAAUCAGGAAGAAAAAAUUUAGAAAUCGCCGUAAUGCGACGCGGUCAACCUCUACAGAUGCUAGAUUUAGAUACCAUUGGAGAAUAUGUUACUGAAAUUGAGAGAGAAAAAGAAGCAGAAGCUGAAAAGAAGAAGCAAAAGAAGUGAUAUCUUUACAUGAAAUUACAUUUAUUCUUCGUUCAUUGGUAUUUUGCAUAAAAUAAAUAUAAAAUAUACGAAUAAGAAAACACAAAGUUUUAAUAUUUAUUUCAUUUGUAUUCUAUUGUUACAUCUAUUAGAAACAAUAUGUACAUUCACACAUUUUAAUAUGUGAUUCAAAAUUCAUACUAUAUUACCACAAAUAUCUUUUUGUAUUUGUUAUACAUGUAAUAAAAUUAUGAUCAAAUAAUAAAUAAUUACUUAAA